AUGCGGGAAAUUGAGAGGUCGGGCGGCAAAAACAGCGAGAAGAAAUCCUCCGCCAUUGAUCUCUCUUCUUUCGAUCGAACGGCUACUCCUGGCUUCCUUUCAGAUAGAGAAGUCCCUAACUUUGGAGGUUCUGCUAUUUCAAAUGUUGUUUCUAGUGGUGGUGGUGGUGGAGUUACUGCAUACACGGAUAGAGAAGUCCCUAACUUUGGAGGCUCUGCUAUUUCAAAUGCUGUUUCUAGUGGUGGUGGUGGUGGUGGUGGUGGUGGAGUUGCUGCUGUUUCAUCAGCUCCAAGAGCUUCUCAUGAGGCUGAUUCAAAUGGAUCUUCUUCUAUUGUGAGUUGCCAUAAGUGUGGAGAGCAGUUUGGGAAAUGGGAGGCUGCAGAAGCACAUCAUCUCUCCAAGCAUGCUGAUUGA